GCCAGCUGGCCGGGGCCUCGUUCAACACCCCAAGCAAUACCUGCAAUUGAGGACUCCUCCCUGGGAGAGGACAGCCUGUCAGCAUGGCUCAGGAGUUUGUGAACGGCAAAAUCCAGCCUGGGAAGGUGGUCGUGUUCAUCAAACCCACCUGCCCCUACUGCAGAAGGACCCAAGAGAUCCUCAGUCAAUUGCCCUUCAAACCAGGGUUUCUGGAAUUUGUCGAUAUCACAGCCAACAGCGAUGCAAACGAGAUUCAAGAUUAUCUGCAGCGGCUCACAGGAGCAAGAACGGUGCCUCGAGUGUUUUUUGGCAAGGAGUGUAUAGGUGGAUGCAGUGAUCUAGUAACUCUGCAAGAGAACGGGCAGCUGGUGACUCGCCUAGAGCAGAUUGGAGCUCUGCAGUAACUGCAGAGCAGUACCCAUGAUGACUUCUCCCUCCAGAGCUGAACAGCGUUACAAAGGAUGACAGCACUUACUGGUCGAUGGAAUUUUGGGCACAAAGAGCUUUUUUCUUCUUUUGGCUCAGUAUUAAAAAAAGUGAACCCACCUGCUCCUAACCACAGGCCCAAGAAGGUUUUGAUGGACCAUUUUGGUUUUCUUCUGCAUUAGUCCUUUGGGUUCCAGGAGGCUGCAACAAGUUCUGGCCUAAGAUUCACCCACCGACCCAAAAGUUGUUCUUUCCCUUUAGCAUGUGUCUCUUAUUGUUCUCCCUGUGUGGGCCUGCCUCUACCUCUACCUCUAAGACAGUGUUUCUCCACCAUGUUUAGCCAGACCCACUCACCCACUCACCCCCAGGACGAAUCUAUAGUUGGUUUUCUGCUACUGCUGAAAUUUUCAUUUUGCUGAGUUCAACUUCAUGAGUUUGUGUUGUGCAAUCAGUGGGUGUUUCAGAUGUGUUUUUUCAAACUACAUGCAGCUCUCCACCCCACCCUGAGAAUUACUGCCCUGAACCAGUGUUCUCAACCCUGCUGUCUCACACGUCUCAUAGGAAAUGUUCAAUUCUGUGAAGGGUCUAAGGAUUCAAUGAGAAACUAUGAAAAGUUAAGCAUGGUUGGUUUUCACUUGGUGCCACUUGGAUCAGAGGCACAAGUACAGAGGCCGGGGUCCUGUGGCAACACUCUGUUUAAGACAGUUAUCCAGGUCAUCCCAAACAACCAUGUGUUAAUUUAGAUUUACCAGCAAAAUGAAAACAUAAAAUGUAAAGCAUUAUCAUAGAAAACUUGCAGCCCCCUCCCACAAGAGUGUAUCUAUGAAAGAGCCAAAUCUGAGAAACACUGUCCUAAAUGAGUCUGCCUUUUACCCGCCCCACCCUUUGAAACCUUAAUCCCUUCCCAUGAAGUUUGUUCUAGAAUUACAAGAUUAAGUUCAUUUCAUUCUGCAGUCUCUGGUGCAAAUGGUUAAUUUCUUUUCUAAUAAAGAAGUACCUAUAGAUGACUCAA